UAACAGAUUUCUAAGAAACAAAAGUCUAACUAAUCUUGAGAAAUACGCAGUGUAAUUUUCUUUAUUCAGCGCGUAUAGUUUGGUGGAGUGGAACAGUUGUCAUUCGACCGUUCGAUGUCGAUUGACAAUUUAUUCUAGACAGAUUUUGUUCAUUGUUAUGUUUGUUAUUUUGGUUGUAACAUUAGCUUGCUAGGCUAUCAGCUUGCUAGCUAUUCACCAAUAUAGUGACAAAGACAGCCUGCUUUCAAAGUAGUAAAACAAUGUUUCGGGAAAAAACUUCGGACUGAAUGUACAUUUUCGGUUCAUUCAUUUGACAAUCUCGAACACGGGCGCAAGCGGCGUCGUGUCUGAACUUGUUGACAUUCUUUUGUUUACAAUGGCUGUCUACAGACUUGCCAGCUGACAUGGCGUAAUAUGUUAUGGGAAGUUAAUAAGACUGAACAAGUUGAGGAAAACAAGAUGGAUGCAAAUAGAAUAGAAGACUCCUUUGAUCUUCUGAAAUGCAAUGAGGUUCUGUCCUCAUCACCUGGCUACCCCCCUACUCCCAUGGAGUAUGAUGACCUGCCAGAGCUGCAGGAGGUAGAGGAGAACCAGUCCUCUCCGGUGCUGUUCCACGUGGGAACUGGGGUGUCACAUCAGGAGUGUAUAGCUGGUUACCCUCACACCAAUUGGCUGACUGAGCUGGCUAACAUUGCCACCAGCCCUCAGAGCCCCCUACUGCAGGAGCCUCCUCCCAUCAAGAGAUCGUCUCCUAUGCACAUCUUUGCCACCAGUCGUAGUUUACAUUCUUACGCCCGACCUCCCGUGGCCAGCAGUGCACCCAGCCCCUCUAGGGGUCACCUUAGGGAGCGCAGCAGACGUGUCAGAGCCAGCAGUGAGUCAGAGUCUGGUGUGUUCUCUAUGUCAUCCUUCUCUGAUGAUGAGGACAUGGGUUGGUCUAACUCCUGGCCCUCAACUGCCUGGCACUGUUUCCUGAAAGGCACCCGGCUGCGGUUCCACAGGGGUUCUAACAAGGAGUGGCAAGAGGCUGAGGACCUGGGAGACUCUGAUGAUGAGUCAGGUGAUGAUGAGAGAAUAAUGCCGUCCACCGCCCGAAAGAGCUACGGUUCGGAAGGUCUGAAGCUAGUGGCCCACGAGGAGAACGUGUCGUACGGCCAGGCUGUCCUCAAACUCACCUUUGACCCCGGCUCGCCAGAAGAUGGCCUCUUAACGGCAGAGUGCAGAUUUGAUCACCCCUUCUUUGUGAAAAACAAAGGCUGGUCCUCGUUCUAUCCCAGCCUGACGGUGGUGCAGCACGGUAUCCCCUGCUAUGAGAUGCAGGUGGGGGACCUAUGUCUUCCUCCAGGCCACAGAGACUCCAUAAACUGUGACGACUCUGUUGUCUUCGACACCUUCAGGAGUUAUGACUUCACCCCUCUGGACUCUUCAGCUGUCUAUGUGCUGAGCAGCAUGGCCAGGCAGCGUAGGACCUCCCAGUCCAGCAGUGGCGCUGUCUCCCCUGACCCAGAGAAACUCUCCAGUUCCUCCCACCCCUCCUCCACCAGCAAACCAAACAGGAGCAAUACCUCAGGGACGGCCCCUGGCGGGGCCACGCCCACCAAAUGCAAGCGGCCAAUGAACGCCUUCAUGCUCUUCGCUAAGAAGUACAGGUUGGAGUACACACAGAUGUACCCUGGGAAGGAUAACAGAGCCAUCAGCGUGAUCCUGGGUGACAAGUGGAAGAAGAUGAAAAACGAGGAGAGGAGGAUGUACACCGUGGAGGCCAAGGCUCUGGCUGAGGAGCAGAAGAGACUCAACCCUGACUGCUGGAAACGCAAGAGAACCAACUCAGCCCAAUUUCUGUCCUGGACAUAAGGUCCUGAGCGAGAUUCAAACCCUCUGGUUUAAACCAACACGGGGUCCCAGCACCAAUAGAUGGCCUAUGACCUUCAGACACUGGUGUGUGUGGCAUGGCGAGGUCAGAGGUCAAAGGUGAACAGACCAACCAGGCGACCCCACUAGCCUCUCUAGCCUGGUCCCAGAUCUGUUUGUGCUGUAUAGCCAACUAUGGUCGUUGGACCAUAAGACAGCACAAACAGACCUGGAACCAGGCUACUCUCUCUCUCUGCUCACCUGUCAAAUUGAUGAGACAUAACUGUGAUGCUGAAUACACUUGCUUUUAUAACUAAGAGACCUUAUAGAUAGGCCUGCAAGACAAAACGACAACUAUGAACUAUAUAUUAAAAAGCAGGUAAUCUAGUGUAACUAACCGUGCUGAUAUUUUCUUACAUUUUAAAAGGACAAGAGAUGCCAUGUUAUUUCUCUAUAAAAAAAGGAAAGGCUCAGUUUUAUUUCUUCAGGUAAUUUCAUAUUUCGAAGCAUGAAACCUUGAGAUCAGGGUUGCAAAAUUCCAGUAACUUUCCAAAGAUUCAGCAGGUUUUCCAGAAAUUCAGGUUGAAAGAUUCCCAGAAUCAGGAGGGUAUAAGCAAGAAAUCCAGAAUCCUCCAACCAGGAAUUCUGGAAAAGCUGAGAAUUUUGGUAGAGUUACUGGAAAUUGAGAAGUUCGGUUAAGGAAGGAGGAGCAGUGAUACAAAAGUUAUAUUUUUAAUUGUAAAAUAAAUAAGGGGGAUUUUAAAUAGCUUUGGUGACACUUUAAAUAAAGCAUUUAUAAGGCA